CCAAGCCGAAAAAGCGGCUGUGCGACUGUGGUAACAACAACAACAAAUUAAACAAACGUGAAUCAUGAACAUACUUGGUUUUGUUAGUUAUAUAUUGCGUCAUGGACAAUCAAUGACUGAUACUUGCUUAAUUUAAUCUGAAAUAUUUGUGAUAUUUUUAUUAUUUAUCAUAAAUUAUGUUAGGCUUAUUGACAUUUGUUUAUAGUGCAUAAACUGUCAUGCAAUUCGGAUUCACUAACUUCGGAUAAUUUUGUUUUGUGUUUUUUGGAAUCCUGAGUCCUAUUGAGAAAGAGUCCUAAAAUGGAUUCAAAAACAAAGCUUCAUUUAAAGAAGAGAAAAAGGGAAAGCCAAGAUACAAAAUCAAAACUGUCAUUACUUGUUCAAUCAUCAAUAGAACUUCUGUUUAGGAAACAAAUGACUUACACCAUUGAAGUAAAUAAUUUGGAUGGUGGGUACGAAAACCGAUGUCUACCUACAGUUGGUGUCAGUCUUCAAGAACAAUGGACAGUUCAGAAAUUUAUGGACUUAAAACAAGAACUGAACAAUUUAAAAACGAGCUUGAAUGACAAAGACAUGUUGACCUGGCAUGCUCACACAAGAGCUGUUAACUUAGCCUGCAAAAUAGCGCCAGAGAUUCGGAAUCGCUUACGACCGGAAUUGUGUACACAGGCUUGGUGUAAAUUCUAUGAAAUUGCAUCCCAAUUCCUCAAAAUUCAGAAAGAUGCUCCAUUGUUUACUGUACAUUUAUGCGAAGCACCAGGGGCUUUUGUGACAAGUCUUAAUCAGUACCUUGUGACCAUUGGAUAUAACUUUGAUUGGCAGUGGUUUGCUACGACAUUAAAUCCUUACCAUGAAGGAAACAACAUAGGACAGAUGAUUGACGAAGACCGUUUCAUCCGUACCACUUUUGACAAUUGGUAUUUUGGUGAGGAUCAGACAGGAAAUCUUAUGAACCAAGAAAACAUGGAGGGACUAAAAAAUAGACUGGCAGAUGUCCAUGUUGAUUUGGUUACCGCCGAUGGAAGUAUAGACUGCCAGUUUGACCCUGCUGAACAAGAGAGCGUGGUGUCUAGACUGCAGCACUGUGAGGUCAUCACGGCCAUGCAUAUCUUGGGGGAUGGCGGCAUGCUGGUCGUUAAAAUGUUCACCUUGUUUGAGUGUACGUCCAUCUGUCUGAUGUAUCUUCUGUACAGAACUUUUGAAAAGGUCUCUGUGUUCAAACCAUGUACCAGCAAGGGGGGUAACUCUGAGGUAUAUGUAAUUGGUACUACAUACAAAGGGAGACAAUACUGUCAAGAAGUGCUGUCCACAAUAACACCAUGGUACUUUGGUAAAGAGGAUCCAGUAGGCUGUCUGUUUCCCCAGUCAUCCAUCCCUGCAGAAUUCUUGGACAAGCAUUCUGAAAUCGUGGAGUAUUUCACUCAGGCACAGAUGGCCACCAUACAGCGUAACCUUGACCUUUACCUGGGGUCAUCUGAGGUCAUAAACGAGAAGUCAAGGUCAAAGCUUGACCUCGAACAGAGCUACUGUGCUGAGUGUUUCUUCAGCCUCUAUGAUAUCAAGCCUAUGCAACCUCAUUACAGAAUUAUGAGACUUCCCAAGAAGUUUGGAGGAGCAGCAAAGAGACAACAGUUUGGUGACAAAGUAAAGUUGGAAGGAAAGUUUUUGGGGAGUUUUCAUGAAAGACAACAUUUGUCAGCGUUACCGUGGAAACAGAAGCUGGUUACCAUGGAAACCUACGAAGAAAAUGUGGAAGUAGAGGACAACUCAUUGUGGAUACAUAGCAUGCAAGGGGAACUGACUGAUGACGAGGUCUCCAGCUAUAGUCCACUUGUAGGGCAGCCUGUGACCCAGAUCCACAGUUCCAAGUUCUGUAAAGGAUUUUUCCUGGCCACAGCUCGACAGAUUGUUGACAACACUCAGGAUAUGACAGUGUACCAAGGUGUUGGUGAGGGAUUCGAUGCCAUGGUGACAACCAAACUUAUUUUGGCAGUGAAUGCUUCCCUUUGUUACCUUAGCAACACUGACAGAUAUGAGACACAACCAGACAGUAAUCCCGCAUUUGUUUCUCCAAAAGAUGAUAUUGUCUGCAAUUCCAACAUGGACACUUGCGACAAUCGAACCGAUGCAGAUGAGAAAAUAGUUUGCCAAGACGAAAUCAAUAGCAGAAGUAAUGAAACUGAAAUUGGAACAAAUUUAGUGCAAUCAGAUUAUGGUGACAGUUUUGUUGAAAAUCAAAGUAAUUCUGAAGAGGUGAAUGAAAUGGAUGGCAAAUGUGAAGGUCAAAGUUGUUUUCAAGGUCAAACUGAUAAUCAAGGUCAGAUUGGUCCUCAAGGUGAGAAUGGUGGCAAAAGUCAGGAUAAUAAAUCAGAAAUUGAGCGCAAGGUUAAUUAUAAUGAAAAACGUACAGGACUUGAAGAAAUUGGGAUUAACUGUGUUGACAUUUCUGUUGAAAAAUCUGAGAAUAUGAACAGGGACGAUGAAGAAAAGGAGAAGUUGAACUAUGGGAAUGAGACGAAGGUUUUUGUAGAAAACCCCUUUAAAGCUACAUAUCAGGCCAUAGGGGACACAGAAUAUACCUGUAAGGUGCUACAGGGGAUUGCAAUAGAGACUGAGACAGGAACUCCCAGCCAUCAUGUUCAUCUCUACCCUGCCUAUAGUGGUGGUGUUGACAGCGGAUUUGAGAUUCGAGAUCAGUGCCAACUGUACAGAGUUGUCCAGCACAUACUAGCGAACACCAUAGUUGGGGAAAGUGUUGUCAUAGAAACUGGACUGUGCCUCACACGCUUCUCUGCAGGACUGGUUUACAUCCUCUACAGAUCUUUCAAAGAGAUCGGGUUUGUUCAUUGCCACGGACAACUGCUGAGGCGCCAUCUGGUUUUAAUGCACUACAGGGGCUGUCCAAUCAGCUGCCAGCAAUAUCUCAGGGAGAUUGGUCACAUGAUCCAUCCUGACCAAUCAGAUACUUUGUUAGAAAUCAUCCCAAUGCUGAGUCUCCUGCAAGAUGCUGACUUCACAAGGUUUCUGGAAACUGCAAACAUCAACCUCUUGCAGUCAUUUAUAACGUCUGUGGUGAAUAAAGAGAGACAACUCCAGCUCUUACAGACAUGAAUCUGAGCAUUCAAUGUGGUGUUUAAAUUUUAGUCCAGUUCAGUUUAAGGUUGCCAUGGUUAGUGGAUAUGGUGUCCGCCUAAUGACCGUGAGGACAUGAGUGAUCACCACUGUGGGAAUGUUCUUAAGAUCAAAGACACCGAGUACUGGUUCUAACUGGAAAUGGACCCAAGAAUGUUUAAAAUACGCAUUUGGCUUUCUAUGCAAUCAAGCUUAAAUAACAAGGUUUUUACUAAAUUUCAGUUCUAGUGCAACACGUUUUUAUGCCCUCGAAGGGUAGCAUAUAGUUUUUGAACUGUCGGUCUGUCUGUCUGUCAAGUCAGUCUGUCCAUCCGAAAACUUUAACAUUGGUCAUAACUUAUGCAAUAUUGAAGAUGGUAACUUGAUAUUUUGCAUGCAUGUGUAUCUCACGGAGCUGCACAUUUUGAGUGAUGAAAGGUCAAUGUCAUCCUUUAAGGUCAAAUAUAUGGCUUCAAAGCGGCGCAGAUGGGGGCAUCGUUUUUCUGACAAACACAUCUCUUGUUAAGUAUACAAAUGGUGUGGGGAUAAAAAAUUUAAUUGCCUUGUGGGCCAUGCAAGGAAAGAUUUUGUGUUCUAUCAAAACUGAGAUCUGAACCUAUUGCAACUUAGUGACUAUUUAAAUAGAAGUAUAUUUCUUAAAUUGGUAAAAUGCAAAACACCUGUGGACAGUUUGUGGUUUUGUUUAAUGGUUAAAUCAUCAACAGCCGUUCCCUACUUUCAUCUUAAUUAAAAAAAUAUUGAUAUUUGUGGAAGUAAAAGGGAAUUUGAAUUAUUCCCCUUAGAUGUGAUUUUGAUGAAAAAAAUGUCCUGAAGUCUUUGUGUUGAUUACCCUUAGUGAUGUACAAUAAGGUCAACAUUCAGUUAGGAUCAACAGAAGUGACAGCAUAGCUGAAUACAUUUGUAAAUGCUUUUUUGUUUAACCCUUUCCGUGCGGGAACUGAAUUUUAAAGGCCUUUGCAAACAGUUUGGAUCCAGAUGAGACGCCACAGAACGUGGCGUCUCAUCAGGAUCCAAACUGUUUGCUAUUAUGAUAGCAUUCUUUGAAAAAAAUAGAAGAAAAUGCUAAUUUUAGAAAUUCUGCAGACGACAUUUUAGCAGACGACAAAUUUCCCAGCAUGCAAAGGGUUAAGAUAAAAAAGAACGCAUUAAAUGUUGAGAAGCGUCUGAUCUCUUUUGUGCAACAAUCUACCAGGGUUUUUCAAUAAAGGAAAACACAUAA